AUGGGGGAUCGGGGAGCGACGGGGGGCGCUUGGGGUGCGCGCGACGAUGCCUCGUGGUGGUCAGGAGGCGCAGGUGAAAUACAGCACCAACAACAGAUUAAUGAAGACAUAGCAAGAAGUACUGCGGCUGCUACUCACCAAUUAUACACAUACAAAAUGACUGGAGGCUUUUCAAACCCUAGCGGAGACAAUCCCACACCUAAUUUUGAUUAUCGAUUAAUAAAUAAUUCAAAUACACGAGAUGAAUCGCCACAACAAACAUGGUGGUACGCUUCAGGAUCAGUUGAAAAUCAACAGACUUCAUCACCUACGUCUCAAAAUCAGUCAACUUCUGAUUCUGAACAAAGUAACCAACAAGCAAAUGGUAUUCAACAAAGCCAUCAAGUAUUACAACAACAGCAGCAGCAAGCUCAAAAAGAUCAGCAAAGUCAAAUGCAACAAAAUCAGUUACAACAACAAUUAGAACAACACCAGAACUUACAGCAAGCUAUUCAGCAGGCUCAAAAUUUACAACAAUCAUUACAUCAGAACCAGCAACAGACAUUGCAACAAAUGUUGCAACAACAGCAACAACAACAAUUGCAACAGCUCCAACAACAGCAGCAGCAGCAACAGCAACAACCACAACAGCAGAUAAAAAUUGAACAAAGCAACAAUCAACAGAACAUAAUACAAGUGACACAAGCUCAAGCACAGGCUCUGGUUGCACAAGCUGCAUUGCAACAGCAAGUAGUCCAAACAUUGCAACAACAGCAGCAAAGCUUACAAGAACAUUUACAGGCUGUCCAACAACAACAAAUUCAAGCUGCUUUGCAAAGGCAGUCGGCGACACUGCAGGAAUUGCAGCAACAAGCACAACAGCAGGCGUUGAUCUCACAAAAUACACCUAAAACCAGAAUGCCGCGGUCAAAACCUCCAAACAAGCCAAGGGGCAGAAUGACAGCAUAUGCUUUCUUUGUACAGUCAUGCCGUGAGGAACACAAGAAAAAGUAUCCUGAUGAAAAUGUUGUGUUCGCUGCAUUCUCAAAGAAAUGUGCUGAAAGGUGGAGUACAAUGUCAGAGAAAGAGAAGAUGAGGUUCCACGAAAUGGCGGACCAAGACAAGAAGAGAUACGACUUGGAGAUGAAGGACUACGUACCGCCGAAGUUUACGAAAGUGCGCGGGCGCAAGCGGCAACAACCGAAAGAUCCAAACGCACCGAAGCGAUCGCUAUCUGCGUUCUUCUGGUUCUGCAAUGAUGAAAGAUCAAAGGUCAAGGCAAACAAUCCAGAAUACACGAUGGGUGACAUCGCAAAAGAGCUGGGCCGACGUUGGGCGGCAGCCGACUCCGAUACUAAGACGAAGUAUGAAUCCUUAAGCGAGACGGACAAGGCCAGAUAUGAUAGGGAAAUGACAGCGUACAAAAAAGGUUCACUGGUCUUGGGUAUUCAGCCGCAGCAGAUUAUGAUCGAACCGGAUGAUGAAGAGGUUGAGUUCAAUGGUGAUGAUGAGUACAAGUGAAUUCAAUAUAAGUUCAAAAUUCAAUUAAAUUAAGCGAUGAGCGAUGGCGUUUGAGUUGAAAUUGCAGAAGAUAAAAAUUGCGCAGAUUAUUAUACAGUGUAAACGUGUGUUAACUCGUUAUAACAUCUCUAUAACUUGAAAUAGGAUUUGGAUGCGCCAAAAUAAAUAUAAAAAUCGUAAAAAUUGCGUAAAAUUGCGUUGUUUGCGAUUGAAAAGAUCCAGAACUUAGAGAACCAUAUUAAGUUUAUAGCAGGCUUAAACCUUCGAAUCAUCUGACUGUGCGCCAAAACACUUGCUUUUAGCACAUUAGCCUUUCUUGAAGUAGGGUUUGGAUGCGCCAAAAUAA